UUCACAAAUUUUCAUUUGCUGUUGGGCGAGUACGUUAAGUGCUGAGAAUAAAGCCGAUUAAUUUCUAUUGCAUUUUUAAAAUAGGUACGUGAAUGAAUUAUCAGUUAGCUACUUGAACCGAACCUAUAGGGGUUUUUUAAGACAACCCUAGCGGCUAGCAAUGGGUCGAAAAUUUGUCGUUGGCGGAAACUGGAAAAUGAAUGGUACUAAACAGCAAAUCAAUGAGAUCUUGAGCUUCUUAAAAGCUGGUCCCCUUAAUCCUGAUACAGAAGUGAUUGUUGGUGUACCAGCUGUAUAUUUGGACUAUGUUAAAACAAAUUCGCCGGCAAAUGUUGAAGUUGCUGCCCAGAACUGUUAUAAAGCAGACAAAGGAGCUUUUACAGGUGAAUUAUCUCCAAUUAUGCUAAAAGAUAUAGGUGUAAAUUGGGUUAUUUUGGGGCAUUCCGAGCGCCGGCAAAUUUUUGGCGAAUCAGAUGAGUUAAUAGCAGAAAAAGUAGCAUUCGCUCUCAGUAAUGGCCUAAAAGUUAUCGCAUGUAUUGGGGAAACAUUACAAGAACGUGAAGCAGGCAAAACUGAAGAAGUUGUUUUUAGACAGACACAGGCUAUUGCCAAUAAAGUUAAGGACUGGUCUAAUGUUGUCAUUGCUUAUGAGCCUGUGUGGGCCAUUGGUACAGGGAAAACCGCCACUCCCCAGCAAGCCCAGGAGGUACAUAAAGCCCUUAGGGAAUGGAUUGGUAAAAAUAUCAGUCAAGAUGUUGCUAAUUCUAUAAGAAUUCAGUACGGUGGUUCUGUAACGGGCACCAAUUGCAAGGAAUUGGGGUCACAGGCUGAUAUUGAUGGUUUUUUGGUUGGCGGGGCAUCUCUCAAGCCAGAAUUUGUCACUAUCGUAAAUGCAAGACAGUAAAUGGAGUGCGACAUUGUUCGAAACUAAAUUAAAAUUUUGUUGAAUAUUUGGAUGAGGUAAUCAAUGAAAGUAUUGAAUAGAUCAGUUGUCUAAUAAAUUUGUUAUAAAAAAUCUCUUGAUAACC